GUAAUAGCCUAGCAUGUAUCUGCUACCUUUAUAUAUAUUACCUUGUAUCUUGACAUUUGUAUUCUCAUGACCUGUAAUAAAGAGACAUUGAUUCACGCACAACAACGUUACAUGGUGUCAGAAAAAAGUUACUGAAUAUUCUUUAAAUAUUCGUGAAUCCGGUGCGAUCGUUAGUGGAAAUAUCUGGCAAAGUGCAGAGAAUGCACAUCGUGUGCCUAUUUAUGUUCCUAACGCUGUUAUUUGGCGUCUAGGCGAGGUCUAUUACGGUUUAGAUAGGAAGUCAAAAUCGAGUUCUACCGGCUUCCGAUAAAGUGGCGUCGGCUGCAGGCUUGAAGCCACCUAAGCCGAUCGUGUUGGGAGACAACAUGGCCGCCCAAUGGAAGAAUUGGGUUCGGCAAUAUUCUUGGUUCGCCACAGCAACGCAGCUGUCGGAAAAGUCGGACGAGGUGCAAGCGGCAACAUUUUUGAGUGCGAUAGGAGAAGAUUGUGUACGAAUUUACGACACGUUUGGCUUACGCCCAGAAGAAGAAAAUGACGUUGACGUGAUAAAAGCUAAGUUUGAUGAAUAUUUCACUCCCAAAUCUUGCAUAACCUUCGAACGAUAUAAUUUCAAUCAAAUCGUUCAGCGGGAGGAUGAACAGUUUGACAGUUUCGUCACUAGAGUGAAAGAGCAGGCCAAAAAAUGCUCAUUUAGUGUGCUUAAUGAUUCUCUUGUUAAAGAUCGAAUCAUAAUCGGGGUAAAAUAUACUAGUCUAGUGCCACAGUUACUGAACGAUGAUUUAACGCUGCAGAAGACAAUAGAGUUGUGCCGUAAUUUCGAAUUAACAACCAUUCAAACCAAAGCGUUGGCAGGAGAAGCAAAAGUGGACGCAGUGAAUUCGUCAAUGAAGAAACAUAUUAGUGGUCGAUACGAAGAGCGAGAAGUGUUUCAAUGCAAAAAGUGCGGAAGGAAACACGUGAAGCGAUCCUGUCCUGCCUUUGGUAAAAUAUGUCGAAAAUGUGGAGUGUCAAACCAUUUCGCCGCUAUGUGUAAAUCCAAGAAUGUCGUACACGCCGUUGGAGUAUCAGAGGAGAAUGAAACGGAGUCCGAUGAUGACUCAGAAGAACUGUUCAUUGGUACAGUGGAAAGCACAAGAAAUGAGAGUGACUGGUUUGAGGUAGUGAAAGUACACAACAAAAAGUUCUCGGUGAAGCUUGACUCGGGUGCCCACUGUAAUGUGGUACCAUUGUGGUUGGUAAAGCAGCUGGGAAUCGGUCUGCAUCAAUCGAAAACGAAAUGGCUGGUUUCGUUCUCAAAUCAUCGAAUGAAAGUGCUUGGAGAAAUCUACCCGGUGUGCCGCAUUAAGAACAGAGACUGCAACAUCACGUUCAAAGUGGUUGAAGAGUCCGUAGUGCCAGUGCUGGGUAAAGAUACGUGUAUUGCUCAACGACUGAUAGCGCGAGUGGAUACCGUUCAAGUGUUAGACGAAACAGUGUUCAAUGGACUUGGGUGUCUAAAGGAUUACGUGUACGAUAUAGAUCUGAUCCCGAAUGCUCAGUGGGAGACGAGACCGGCGCGUCAUGUCCCACAUAGCAUCAGAGCAGCAGUAAAGAAAGAGCUGGAUUCCAUGGAACGUCUCGGUGUUAUAGAAAAGAUUCACACAGCAACUCCGGUGGUCAACGCAAUGGUCCUGGUUAAACGAAACGACAAGCUUCGCAUAUGCAUCGACCCAUCACAGGAAAUAUACGAAUACUUUACGGCUCGCAUCAUCGAUGAACGUCAUCAGAUAUCGCCUACCACCGAGCGAAGGAACUUCGAUGGGCCCCACCAAGUCUGAAUGAACUAACUCAAGUAGCUCUUUGGCUCGCGACUUCUUCUUCUUCUUCUUCUUAUUGGCAUUAC